AUGGCCGGAGCUCUGAAUCUUCUUCUUACUGGCUGUCUGCUGCAAGCUGAUCCUCCCUCACCGACUCUGACUCCGUCCACACUGGAGGUGACGGAGGGAACCUCAGUGAGGUUGAAGUGCUCUGCUCCAGCUCCCUGUCUGUCUCAACCUCCAACUCUGACAUGGACCCCCAGGCUGGGGGACAGUCAGGAGACACUGCAGGAGAAUCAGGACAAAACUAAAGUCGUGACCUCUGUUCUGACCUUCACUGCUUCUCACCUCCAUCAUGGAAAGACCAUCUCCUGUGCUGCCACCUACAACAAACAAGAUGGCAGCUCUUCGUCAUCUGCUGGCAGUGUUUUAACAGCUGAUAUUUCAUUUCCUCCACAGAUUCUACACUCAUCUGUUUGCACCAAAACUGUAAGCCAGGUCAACUGUUCCUGUGAGACUGUGGGAAACCCUUCCCCUGUUUUACACUGGAAUUUGGAUGGGCUACCUGUAGAUCACUCUGACAAGUUUGCAAUCAGCGAUGAGUUGCUAAAUGACACAGGUGUGAGGAGCGUCAUCACUGUGAGUCAGCCACAAUGGGGCGAUCUUUCCACCUUGGUCUGCCACAGCUCCAACUCUCUGGGAGCUGCCAGUCAACGUUUCUGUGUCACCAGCUUUGAGCAACAAACCUCUGCAGGAAGUCAAGGUGGACCUCACAGUGGAGUCCUUCCUUGGGCUGUUGCUGGUGUGUCUCUCUGUGUGAAUGUCUUCUGUAUAAUCUUCAUGGCAUUCCUUUGGAGAGCACGCAGGAAUGUGAAGCCAAAAGAAGAGGACACAACUUACAUUUCACUGGAUCGUAGAGACAUGUCUUCAGAGUACGAUGUCAUUGCCCAAACUCGAAAGUGACGGCCGACUUCCACUGAUGAUGAUCAUGAUAAUUAUCAGAUCGUUUUACUUAAAGAUUUCUUGUAUUGCUUAUUUUGAAACAAACGUUCCUCUUGUCAAUCUGCUCUUUGCUGCAAUGUCUUCUGUCUGUUACGUAAUGAAUCCAUUUUCAACAGGGUGUUGGGCACAAAACAUCAACAGCUAUUUAAUGUAAUUUAAAACAGCUCAUGAUGUUCAAUUUUGGUUUAAACUUCCUCACAAAGGUACACUCUUACCCAUGUGGUGCUUUUCAAGCUGGUGGUGUUUUCACUUUUGGUGAAAGGUCUCCAUUCUCAGAUUAAAGGGCUGAACAUGUAUCUCUACAGUAGGUCUGUAUAGCCAUUGUGUAUUGAUGUGUCUUCUUCAUGUGCACCAAGCUGAAUAACUCCAUUACGCAAUUGUUGAAUUCAGCACUUGAUUAGGUGUUGGGUUUUUUGUUUGUUUGUUUGACUGUGAGAUCAAUAUAAUUGUAAUUAUGUGUUUGAUCCAAUAUAUUUGUAGCUGAUGUGAAAAUAAAAUGAACAAAGACGUCACUGA